ACCCACUGAUAUGUUAAGAUUGAUUUGCUAGGAGACACUGUGAGCAGACACACUGAUGCGGAUUGCACCAGCUCACCCAUCUACAUAUUACUUUGACAUGCUGUACACGUCUAUUUGACUAAGGAGAGAGUAGACUAACAUUGGUAUUGACACAAUUAGAACAAAUAAGUACACAUGGUUUCUCUUUAUCUUCUCAUCCUUGUCUUUGUCCAUGGACCAUCAGGUUGCAACAGCCUGUGGACGGUGACAAAAAGUACUGCAAAGAGUGGCGGAGCCAUCACAAUCCCCUGCCACUACCACCGCAUGUUCAGAGACCAUGCCAAAUACUGGUGUAAGGGCAGAACCUGGCCCUUAUGUACUGUGAUGGCAAGCACCGACCCAAGGCGGAACAGAGGAGGCAUGUCAAUCACAGACAUCCCAGAGGAGCUGGUCUUCACUGUGACCAUGAAGAACCUACAGGAGACUGACACCAACAGGUACUGGUGUGCUCUGAAAGUGGGUGGGAUAGGCAAGCCAGAUGUCAAAGUAUCCGUGGACCUCACAGUCACCCAAGGCUCUCCUGAUCUGUCAGUGGUUGAUGAGCUGGUAUCUGGUGAGGAGGGGGGCAGUGUCAGUGUACAGUGUCUCUACAGUGACACACUCAGAGGCAAAGAGAAGAAGUGGUGCAGGAGUGGGGACCGGCAUUCCUGUCAGACACAGACAGAUACUAGCCAGAAUGCAUCUGUUGUGAUCAGUGAUGGCAAGAGGGGAGUGUUCAAUGUGACAAUGAAACAACUAGAGAAGAAAGAUGCAGGCUGGUAUUGGUGCUCUGUUGGAGACCUACAGGCUGCAGUUCAUAUCAACGUCACUCAGAGAUCCACAGCACACAGGAACACUGCAGAAGCAGUGACUACUCCAACGCUGCCCAUGUUACACUCCGCAUUCUUGACAUUUGCAGACUCCACAGCUACCUCUACCUCAAAGACAAACCCUUCCGCCACAGUAGACUCUGCUCUGACAACAUCCUCAUAUGGCUCUGCAACUCCCUAUCCAUCUGUCUCAGUUCCAUACAUCACAAUCCAUUCUUCCACACUGACUUCUUCACUAACAACAGUACAACCUACAUGCUGUCCUUCUACUGAAUCUACAGCUACUUACAAGAAAAUCAGCAACCUGCCCUGGCAUGCUCUUAUUCUCAUUGUGUUGGCCAUGGUGUUGUUGGUUAUUGUUGUUAUGGCUGCAGUUAACAUCUAUAGAUAUUCCAGGAAUAAUAUCAGACCUGUGGAAGGAGAGAUGACUGAGCUGGUGAUAAAUCAAGAUCAAUAAUAUCAAUUAAAAGAGCCUAAAAAUAAAUUUGGAUCAUAAAAAUUACUGUAAGUUUGCUUUAAUAUCAACCAAAAUAAUCACAUGUACAGUAAAUGGAUUGUAGCAAUAACACAAUUAGCUAGAGAACAGAGAAAAAAAUGCAUGAAACAUUAAACAAUUUCAAUAGAUUAUUCUGUUGUGGCUGCAAAAUCAUGAAGAACCAUUCAAAAAGAAUUGUCAUCAUAAGAGCAGACACAAAUAGAUGUCAUGUGUAAUUAGCUAACGUUACAAAACAAAUCAAUAACUGAAUUAAAAGUUCAAGAAAGAGAAAUGUGACUACACAUUAUUGUACAAUAGCAUUCAUCUUUAGGUAAGGUUUGUAUCUUUAUAACAGAACUGAAAGAGCUAUAAACAUUUGACGAUGUCUUUCAAAAACCUGACAUACUGGAGACUGAGAUGAUCGAAUGGAUCCUAAGACAGACUGCAUCCCUAGGUGAGGGGGAUUCGAAUGAUCAAAAUGACACACAUUGUCAUGUUCCGUUAAUUUUGUUCAUUAAAUGAAGAAUAAACACAAAUGCAGAGA